AUGUGGAGUUCUUUUGCCUUACAUCACCGUCAGCCUAGAAGGUCUGCACCGUCGCCUUUGUCAGGUACGUGCCGUCACCCUUGUCAGGCAUGUGCCGUCACCCUUGCCAGUGUUUUUAUCCUCAUCAAUUGCUAUGCUCAUUCUGUGGAAUUCAAUUUAGCAAAUCGUAGCGUUCGGGCACUCACGGUUCUGUCUGAUACAUGGUGCUCUUCAGGUGCAUUGGACCCAGAUGGUAUGUUAGUGCAAAGUGGUGGCUACAAUGAUGGGCAACGAGUUGUUAGGUACCUCAAGCCGUGUCCAAAUUCUGAUUGGGUUGAGGACCCAAAAGGCCUAAUUCAACCAAGAUGGUAUGCUUCAAAUCAAAUUUUACCAAAUGGGAAAAUCAUUGUUGUCGGUGGGAGAUUUCAAUACUCCUACGAAUUCAUCCCUAAAACCUCCAAAUCCGAUCAUAAACUUUACCAACUUCCAUUCCUUCAAGAAACUAAUUAUUAUAAGAGUGUACAAAACAAUCUCUACCCUUUUACACACCUCUCCCCCGAUGGAAAUCUUUUCAUUUUCGCAAACGACCGUGCAAUUUUACUAGACUAUGUGAACAACAUUGUUGUUAGAAACUACCCGGUUAUGCCCGGAGGCUUUUCUCGAAACUAUCCUAGUACCGGUUCUUCAGUUCUACUCCCUCUAAAGCUCUUACCAAACAAUGCUACCAACACCCCAGACGCUGAGGUUUUGAUUUGUGGUGGGACAUUGCCAUAUUCCAAUUUCCACGCCAACAAUGGAGAAUUUCUAGAUGCAGCUAAAACUUGUGGUCGGUUGGUUAUCACAAAAGGAAAUGCUGAAUGGAAAAUGGAAGAUAUGCCAAUGAAUAGAGUGAUGGGUGACAUGCUAUUGUUGCCCACAGGAGACGUGUUGAUCAUAAAUGGUGCCGCAAAAGGAACAGCUGGUUGGAGCGUAGCUAGAGAACCGGUUCUAAACCCGCUUCUUUACCAUCCUGAUAUGCCUAGCAGCAAUGGAACCAGCAAUGGCAAUAUUGUUUUUAGUACCAACCAAGAGCAUCGAGGCAGGUUUUUGAUUUUGAGUCCUACCACAAUUCCUCGUCUCUAUCAUUCAACCGCGCAUUUGCUCUCUGAUGGUCGUGUUUUAGUGGGGGGGAGUAAUCCAAAUAGAAACUACAACUUCACCACACUCUACCCUACUGAGUUAAGCCUUGAAGUUUUUUAUCCACCAUAUUUGUGCUCCGAUAAGUCUAGGCCAUCCAUUGCUUGGGUUAAGCCUAGUGUGGAGCUUGGUUAUAAGCAGAAGUUUUCUUUAGGGUUUCACUUGAAGGGAAAAGGGGAGAUUGAGAAGCUGUACUUGACAAUGGUAGCUCCAUCGUUUAGUACACAUUCCUUUUCCAUGAACCAAAGGCUUUUGGUUUUGGCUCUUGAACAAGUGAGCGAAACAUCAGCUGGGAACUUUGUUGUUGAAGGUUAUGCUCCGGCCACCGCUGCAUUGGCCCCGCCUGGUUAUUAUCAAUUGUUUGUGGUCCAUGAUGGUGUUCCUAGCAGAGGGACCUGGGUCAAUAUCAAGUAGUAUAGUAGGUUGUUGUGCUUAUUAAAUUGAGAAUUUAUGACUAAGGGUAGCUAAUUAGUCAAUUCAAAUAAGUCCAAUGUCAUAUAAUGGUUCUUAAAUGUUUCUAUGAUCUGUUUCCUGUAAGAUCCAAUUGAUGGAUGUGGCCUUUGACUUCAUUUAUAUUUAUACGCUGCAUCACCAUGACACCUUUCUCACA